AUGACCGUCCAGGCGAGGAGGCACUCCGCAGCCUACAAGUCCCCAUCACCCUAUAAUUCACGAGAUACAGACAUCGAAAAACAACCCACCGCCGGGCGCCACACAUAUCACCACCACCUGAGUGACGACCCCGACUCUGACGACGAGUUGCUGGACGAUAACAAUGUCGCGGACUCCUACCCGCCGCCCAUCGUAGCUGGCGGCAGUCUUCGCCGCCCCCACGCUAGCGUUGGCUUUCGCGUGCCCCAGCGGAUCAUGCGCUGGCUUUGCCUCGCUCUUUUCGCUGCCCUCGUCCUCUUCGUCCUCACCCUCUUCCGCUUUACCAUCUCCACCUCCGUUUCACAAGUCGCCGUCGACCUACCCAAGGUCGGCGCCCCGAAGCCGCCACAAUGGGAGAGCUUCCCGUUCCUCAAUCGCUAUGAGGGCGGUAUCUCUUCCUUGGUCCCACGCUCUGAAAAUGUCCCCGAGUACCCCGGCGACGGCUCCGAGGAGCUGGCUAUGCGGACCGACGAAAACGACGAGCAGAAAGAGCAGGAGCAGGAAGCCAACAAGGUGACCAAGAGGGAUUUGCACCCGAAGAUGUUGAGUAAGGUGUUCAACCCUUAUCCUGACUACCAGUCGCCAGAAUACAUAGGGAAAUAUGGCGAGAAACGCGAGUGUUUCCUCAACGUGGAAAACUCGCUGCGGGUUCCGUCUAUCCAAAGCUACCCCGGAGUUCCAAAGGGCUUCCCGGACCCAGCGCUAGGCUCGAAUACGAUGUUGGGUAUUCGAGACGACAUGUGCUUUGAUCGAUUUGGUCGAUUAGGUCCAUACGGGCUGGGAUACGGGGCCAAGAAAGGUGGCAUCGGUGCGGGCAUGGAGGGCCACCGUGAGGGCGCCGACCGUGUGUGGGAGGAUGUACCGCCGGUGGAUUUCCGACAGGUGGAUUGGGCUGCUGCGCAACAUCGCUGCCACACGGCUAACCGCCAUCGCUUUAAGGAGCUACCGGAGCCGCGCCUCAACCGCUUUGUUUCUAUGCCUGUGGGUAUUCCCAAGGUGAACAUCCCGCCUGUGCAAGAUAGCCGCAAGGAACCGCCCAAGGUUGGAUCUGAGCGUCUUCCUCGUACUGCAGUUGUUAUUCGCACAUGGCACGAUUUCCAUUAUACCCCGGAGGACAUUAUGUAUAUGCGCUCUGUCAUCUCAGAGCUCUCGCUGAUGUCUGGUGGCGAGUAUACUGUUCACUUUUUGGUUCAUGUCAAAGAUACCAACCUGCAGAUCUGGUCUGAUGACGAGACAUACCAGCGUGUGCUUGAUGACGCGCUGCCAGAAGAGUUCCGCGGUAUGGGAACUCUCUGGUCCGAGCCGCAGAUGGCCUUGAUGUAUCCCGGAUUGGAGGAAACCUUGACUCGCGGUUUGCCAAUCCACGGUGUCUACCGCAGCACGUACAUGCCCAUGCAGUACUUCGCCUUCCAGCAUCCUGAGUACGAUUACUUCUGGAACUGGGAGAUGGAUGCGCGUUACACCGGUCACUGGUACCACCUCUUUGACAAGGUCGGCGAGUGGGCGAAAAAGCAGCCACGAAAGGGUCUAUGGGAACGCAAUGCUCGCUUCUACGUUCCGUCAGUCCACGGCUCAUGGGAAGACUUCCGGCAGAUGGUCCGCGUGCAGACCGAAAGCGGUACCAACUCCGCCAACAACAUGUGGAGCGCCGCUAACGGUGCGGGAGGCAACACGCGGAGCGCAAUGCACCAACAGGGCGACAAGUCCAUCUGGGGCCCCGAGCGCCCCGACGAACGGGACAUCUUCGAGGUCGAGGGCGAGGGCAUCCCACCCACAAGUAUGGAUAAGGACCAGUACCAAUGGGGUGUGGGUGAGGACGCCGACCUAGUCGUUUUCAAUCCGCUCUACGACCCCGAGGGCACGACCUGGCUGCUGCGCGACGACGUGACAGGCUACAACAAGGAGAAGGGCAUGCCACCACGACGCACUGCGAUCAUCACCGCAUCGCGAAUCUCCCGCAAACUGCUCACCACCAUGCACCGCGAAUGCAGCCUCAAGCGCCACAGCAUGUUCUCGGAGAUGUGGCCCGCCACCACCGCGCUGCACCACGGCUUCAAGGCUGUCUUCGUCCCGCACGCCGUCUACGUCGACCGCCGCUGGCCGACCCGUUACCUGGAAUCAGUGUUCAAUGCCGGUCGCAACGGAGCCUCCGGUGGUGCUCGCACGUCCAUUUUCGGCGAUCGUGAACACAACUUCCGUGGUACGACCUGGUUUUACUCGGCGGGCUUCUCGCCGAAUAUCUGGCGCCGCUGGCUUGGUCUCCGCGUCGACAAUGACGGCGGUGAGCAGCAGGAGCUGGCUGGCGAGGGCCGCAUGUGUCUUCCUCCUAUGCUGUUGCAUCCUGUCAAAGAAGUUAAUAUGGUCAUUGACGAUGGAGAGAAAGCAGAGGAUCGCUGA